AUGAAGUGGCUCUGGAGCAUGGCAGCCCUUGCGGCGUCAGCCGUGCGCGGCGACAGCUCGUGGAGCUUGCAGAUGGACGAGGCGAACCUCACGUUCCACGGCAGCCUCCAAGACGCCCCGGUCGCCGACAGCUUUUGCGACUCGACCAAGCAGCUCAGCGGCUACUUCAAGAUCGACGGCUCCAAGAGCAAGAACUACUUUUACUGGUUCUUCGAGUCGCGCGAUGCGCCCAAGGACGACCCGGUCAUCAUUUGGCUCACGGGCGGCCCCGGCUGCAGCUCGAUGCUCGCGCUCCUCGGCGAGAACGGGCCGUGCUCGGUCAACGACGACCUCUCGCUCAAGCGCAACCCGUACUCGUGGAACGCCAAGGCGAACAUCAUGUGGAUCGACCAGCCCGCGGGCGUCGGCUUUAGCUACGGCGACAAGAGCGAGUACGACACGGACGAGUCCAUGGUCGGCAACGACAUGUACCACUUUCUCCAAGCCUUCUUCGCCGCGCACCCCGAGUACGCCUCGAACGCGUUCUACGUCUUUGGCGAGAGUUACGCAGGCCAUUAUGUCCCAGCAGUCGCUCAUCGUAUCUACAGCGGCAACAAGGAAGGCUCGUCGCCCAAGAUCAACCUCAAGGGCAUUGGCAUCGGGAACGGUCUCACGUCGCCCGAGGUUCAGUACCAGUACUACCCGGAAAUGGCCUACCACAACACGUACGGCGUCAAGGCCGUGCCCGAGGCCGUGUACCAGACGAUGAAGGCGGCUGUGCCCAAGUGCACGCAGCUCAUCGACCUCUGCCAAAAGAUGAAGGUCGCGUGCUUGGUCGCGCAGGUGUUUUGCAACGCUGCGCUCGUCUCGCCGUACCAGCUCUCGGGCUUGAACGUCUACGACAUUCGCGAAAAGUGCGCGCACUUUCCCAUGUGCUACGACUUUGGCGCGAUCGAGAAAUUUUUGAAUCUGCCAUCGACGCGCCAAGCGCUGCAUGUGAGCGAGAAGAGCGCCAAGUGGGCGUCCUGCAACAUGGAGGUCCACGCGGGCUUUUCGUUUGACUGGAUGCGCAACUUUGACCAGCUUGUGACGCCGAUGGUCGAAGACCACAUCGACGUGCUCGUGUACGCGGGCGACGCGGACUUCAUCGUCAACUGGAUGGGCUGCAAGGCGUGGACGGUCGCGCUCGACUGGAAGUACAAGACGCAGUUUGCCGGCCAAGAGGACGUCGACUGGGUCGUCGACGGCCAGAAAGCCGGGAAGGUCCGCAGCGUCCAAGGCCUCACGUUCCUUCAGGUGUUCAACGCCGGCCACAUGGUGCCGAUGAACCAGCCGGCCAACUCGCUGGCGAUGCUGGAAGAGUUCAUCAAGGACGGCAAGCCGACCUUUGCGCAGCACCACGAAAAGAAGACAAAGGCGCACCACUUGCACGCCAAGACGGACGCCGAAAUGGAUUUCCUCUAUCACCAUUGA